GUGCUCGAUCAUUUUGCUUUCGUAUAUGCCAUUUGCAAAAAUGAGGGGUUAAAAAGAAAUCUUGACAUAUAAAAAAAAUGGAAAAUCAAAAUUAGCAAUUUCGUACGUAAAGAGCACCCUGUAUAUACACUGUUGUAAUAACAACCACAGCCGACUUUAAACAUGUUAUGUUACAUAACCUCACUUUCAUUUAUUAAAAACCCCCAAAUUCAAAUAUGGAUUUAGAACAUGAAGACCUAACUUUGGCCCCCUGUAAAUACGAGUAUCUCGACCACACUGCCGACGUACAAUUGCACGCGUGGGGCGAUACCUUGAAGGAGGCGUUCGAGCAAUGCGGCAUGGCGAUGUUCGGCUACAUGACGACGCUGUCGACGGUCGAAAUCCGGGACGUGCACACGAUCGAGGCGAGCGGUCACGAUCUCGAAAGUUUACUGUUUCACUUUCUCGACGAGCUGCUCUUCCUGUUCAGCUGCGAUCCGUUUUUGAUCUGCAGCAAGCUCGUGAUAACCGAAUUCAAGACGGAAGGCGAGGAGCUUUCCGUAAGCUGCAAGUGCUACGGGGAGGAGUUUACGUUGGGGAAGCAUCCUCAGGGUACCGAGGUGAAGGCGAUCACUUAUUCCGCAAUGCAAAUUGUCGCCGAACCCGAGCGGAAUGAAUACGAGGUGUUUGUUAUAAUUGAUAUUUAGUGUAAUUCGAGUUUUUAAUCUGUGAUACACACAGGCUCUGCUUGGAUGUGAUUAAAGUAACUUUUAUUUUUA